CUGGAGCAGAGGCUGGAGAGCACAGCCGUGCGGGCGCUGAAGCAGCUGGUCCUGCUGCACCGGGAGGAGGGCCCGGGGCCCACCCGCACCGUCGAGUGGCUCAACAUGCGCAGCUGGUGCUCGGGCCACCUGCACCUGCGCUGCCCGCGCCGCCUCUUCUCCCGCCGCAGCCCUGCCAAGCUGGAAGAGCUGUAUGAGAAGGUCUUCUCCCGAGAUGCCGACCGCCACAGCGACUUCUCGCGCCUGGCGCGGGUGCUGACGGGGAACACCAUCGCCCUGGUCCUGGGAGGGGGCGGGGCCAGGGGCUGCUCCCAUAUCGGGAUGCUGAAGGCUCUAGAGGAGGCCGGUGUGCCUGUGGACAUGGUGGGCGGCACAUCCAUCGGCUCCUUCAUUGGGGCCCUGUACGCAGAGGAGCGCAGCGCGAGUCGUACUAAGCAGCGUGCCCGAGAAUGGGCCAAGAAGAUGACAUCAGUGUUUGAGCCGAUGCUGGACCUCACGUACCCCAUUACCUCCAUGUUCUCAGGCUCUGCCUUCAACCGAAGUAUCUACCGUGUUUUCCAGGACAGGCAAAUUGAGGAUCUGUGGCUGCCUUACUUCAACGUGACCACAGAUAUCACAGCCUCAGCCAUGCGUGUGCACAAGGACGGGUCUCUGUGGCGGUACGUCCGGUCGAGCAUGACGCUCUCGGGCUACCUGCCCCCUCUGUGUGACCCGAAGGAUGGCCACCUGCUCAUGGAUGGCGGCUACAUCAACAACCUGCCAGCUGAUAUUGCCCGGAACAUGGGGGCCAAGACCGUGAUAGCCAUCGACGUAGGCAGUCAGGACGAGACUGACCUGAGCAACUACGGGGACAGUCUGUCGGGCUGGUGGCUCCUCUGGAAGCGUCUCAACCCCUGGGCAGAGAAGGUCAAGGUGCCGGACAUGGCCGAGAUCCAGUCCCGCCUGGCCUACGUGUCUUGUGUGAGGCAGCUCCAGGUUGUGAAGUCCAGUUCGUACUGUGAGUAUCUGCGGCCGCCCAUCGACUGCUUCAAGACCAUGGACUUCGGCAAGUUUGACCAGAUCUAUGAUGUGGGUUAUCAGCAUGGGAAGCUGGUGUUUGCGGGCUGGAGCUGCGGGAACAUCAUCGAGAAGAUGCUGAGGGACACGCGUUCUACUGACCUUAAUGAGAGUCAGCGCAACCCUGAAGUAAGCUACUGACCCCUCUGCCGUGGUGGACCCCCCAACUCAAAUC